UUGGACCCUCUUAUUGGGCCUGAUUCUCUGACCCUUCCCUCUCUGCCUGGUAUUUUACUGUUUAUGCUCUUGCUGGAUUACGUUUGGGAAGAGACUUUGGAGGAAAAGCCCCGACAAUGAGCGUCUCCUUCCUUCCAGGGCUGGUGUAGACUUGGCCAUGCCUGCCCUCUUCCUCCCGGACACCCAAUGCGACUCACAUCCCUCCCUGCCCCCUCAGUGCCUGCUGUCCCUGGGCUCCGGGUCUGUGCCUAAGUGCCCCGGCCUGUCCCCUACCUGCCUCUCAGUGCCCACAUUCCUGCAACCCCGUGACCACAACAGGGGACAUUACACAUUCCUGGUCUGGCAGCCAAUGGUGUAAAAAGGAACAGAAUGUCCCAGGGCCCCGCCUAGCCCCCAGCUUCACCUGGGCCCCUCCCUGGCCUGGACAAGGUAGGGGGUGAUGGUGAGGAGUCAGGAGGGAAGAGGAUAAACCAGGAGGGAGAGGCAGAGGGGAGCUUCGUGCUGAGUGCCAAGAGGUACUCCCACUAGAAUCCUCUCCGCCACCUGGGGGGUGAGGCUGACCUGUGGGUGCCCUUGGAGGGACUCCCCAGGGAGCGGACCUAGCUCCUGGAAGCCCACUUGAGGCUCCCUCCAUUGCUCUCCUGCAGGAGAGGGGAGAGUCCCUUUGGGGCUGGCUCCCGCCUCCUUCCUCUCUCUGCCUCUCCUCCAUGCCCCCUCCCAGUCCUUCCUGCAUCUGUCUCCCUUUUUCUGCCUUUCCUGCUCUCCUGGUCUCUCCCCCUUAGUCUCAGAGUCCUGGCUUGUCCGUUUUCCUCGUUUUUGCCCUCCUAGCUUUGUGUUCGGGAUCCUUCUCCCCGGUCAAGAUUUCUGACUCUCACUUGCCCGUCUGUUCCUUGCCUGUCAGCUUCCUAUCACUCCCCAGGCCGACUCUGCUUCUCUGUCCCUACUCCCAAAUCAGCCCUCGGGAGUCCUCCUCCUGGUUCUCGCAGCUCAGACUCCUCCUCUGACCCUCCCCCGCUCUGCCCUGCUCACCUUUAAUUGAGAUGCUAAUGAGGCUUCUGUUGCUUCCACCCCGGCCGGCAGGCGGGCUCCCAGGCCGGUCUCUGCACCUGUCAGAGGCUGAUGGCUGAGGAAACGAAAAGGGAGGUUCUGGGACUGAAACCAAAAGGUGACCUUAUCAGGGAAGCAGAGGAGAGGCCACUCCAGCGAAACCCAGCUCCAGCUCUGGCCCUGGCUCCAGCAGGGCUCAUGAAGGGAGACAAGUGCGAGGAGCCGGGGCUGGACCCCAAGCCCGCGGCGGCCCCCCUGCAGCCCACGGAGGAGGAGGAGGCCCUGAUCGAGUUCCACCGCUCCUACCGAGACCUGUUCCAGUUCUUCUGCAACAACACCACCAUCCACGGCGCCAUCCGCCUGGUGUGCUCCCAGCACAACCGCAUGAAGACGGCCUUCUGGGCCGUGCUCUGGCUCUGCACCUUCGGCAUGAUGUACUGGCAGUUCGCCCUGCUGUUCGAAGAGUACUUUAGCUACCCUGUCAGCCUCAACAUCAACCUCAACUCCGACAAGCUUGUCUUCCCCGCCGUUACCGUCUGCACCCUCAAUCCCUACAGGUACACGCAAAUGAAAGGGGAUCUGGAGGAGCUGGACCGCAUCACGGAGCAGACGCUCUCCGACUUGUACAAAUACAACUCCUUCAACACCCUCGGGAGCCACCCCCGCGGCCGCCGCGGCCUCCGGGAGACCCUGCCGCACCCCCUGCAGCUCCUGUGGGACCCGGCCUCGCCCCACGCGGCCCGCAAAGACCGCAGCGCCGCCUCCAGCUUGCGGGACAACAACCCCCCGGUGAACUGGAAGGACUGGAAGAUCGGCUUCAAGCUGUGUAACCAGAACAAAUCCGACUGCUUCUACCAGACAUACUCAUCAGGGGUGGAUGCGGUGAGGGAGUGGUACCGCUUCCACUACAUCAACAUUCUGUCGAGACUGCCAGACUCCUUCACAUCCCUGGAGGAGGACAAGCUGGGCAACUUCAUCUUCAGCUGUCGCUUCAACCAGGCCUCCUGCAGCCAGGCGAAUUACUCUCACUUCCACCACCCGAUAUAUGGAAACUGCUACACUUUCAAUGGUGAGAACAACUCCAACCUCUGGAUGUCUUCUAUGCCUGGGGUCAACAAUGGUCUGUCCCUGACACUGCGCACAGAGCAGAAUGACUUCAUCCCGCUGCUGUCCACAGUGACUGGGGCCAGGGUAACGGUGCACGGGCAGGAUGAGCCUGCCUUUAUGGAUGAUGGUGGCUUUAACUUGCGGCCUGGUGUGGAGACCUCCAUCAGCAUGAGGAAGGAAACCCUGGACAGACUUGGGGGCAACUAUGGAGACUGUACCUAUAAUGGUAGUGACGUCCCUGUCAAGAACCUUUACCAUUCCAAGUACACACAGCAGGUGUGUAUUCACUCUUGCUUCCAGGAGAGCAUGGUCAAGGAGUGUGGCUGUGCCUACAUCUUCUACCCACGGCCCGAGCAUGUGGAGUACUGUGACUACAAGAAGCAUGAUUCCUGGGGCUACUGCUACUAUAAGCUCCAGGGUGCCUUCUCCUCAGAUCGCCUGGGCUGUUUCACCAAGUGCCUGAAGCCGUGCAGUGUGACCAGUUACAAGCUCUCUGCAGGUUACUCGCGAUGGCCCUCAGUGACAUCCCAGGACUGGGUCUUCCGGAUGUUAUCCCUACAGAAUAAUUACACCAUCAAAAACAAGAGAAACGGAGUUGCCAAACUCAAUGUCUUCUUCAAGGAGCUGAACUACAAAACCAAUUCUGAGUCUCCCUCCGUCACGAUGGUCACCCUCCUGUCCAACCUGGGCAGCCAGUGGAGCCUGUGGUUCGGCUCCUCGGUGCUGUCUGUGGUGGAGAUGGCGGAGCUCAUCUUUGACCUCAUGGUCAUUACAUUUCUCAUGCUGCUCCGGAGGUUCAGAAGCCGAUACUGGUCUCCAGGCCGAGGGGGCAGAGGUGCCCAGGAGGUGGCCUCCACUCCAGCUUCCUCCCUCCCUUCCAGCGUUUGCCCCAAGCUCCCCUCCCUGGCCUCAUCCCUGCCAAGCCCUGAUACUUCCCCAACCUUGACCGCCCCUCCACCAGCCUAUGCCACCCUGGGCCCCUGCCCAGCUCCAUCCAGCUUGGCAGGGGCCAGCUCCUCUGUCUUCACUCUGGAGGAGCCCUGAGAGGAAACCUGAGAGGAAAGGAGGGUGUCAGCCCCCGAGGCAAGCAGCUUCCCUUGGUGGGUGGGGACAGACCUUGGCAGGAUUAAAGAAUGUUUUGGGCUUGUUC